AACGGGACCAAAACGUGAAACACGACACAGAAAGUUGUUAUACGCGUUUUAUUUGGACAUACAGAGGCUAGAUUCAUUCGCAGAAACAACAAAAACAUUUUGCCGCUAAACUUAGCGCGCUGAAGUGAUCCGGAACGGCAACAGUGGGGUAUCUAGUGGCGGCCUUCUUCGUUGCACGCUUUUCCGAGGUGGGUUUGGGGGACCUGCGGCAUGGCACACGGAGCCCAGCGGAAGCGGAAGCGACUUGCAUUGGAUUGGAUGCCAUUGCGGCGAACGCACUUGGUCCUCAAAUCCGGCAGAAUCCAAAAUAUCGAUCACGGCGCUUCCCUGACUUGGACAUUGGGAGAGGGUGUUGCCCUCGUAGAACUCCUUUGUUUUCUCUCUCUCUCAUCACUCUCUCUCUCUUGGCUUUUCUUCUAGCCUCUCCUUACGAUUUCUAUGCCGUAAAAGAAGGGUACAGACGCGAGCGCGGAUUUCAAAACUGCGUUCAUUCAAGGCUUCGUUUUCGAGCAAAUGCUAGAUAAGUAGGGUGAUCGCUUUCCACGAACUGAGACUGGGGUGGUGACACGGGUUCGAAUCCUGUCACCGGCUGUGUGCUGUCCGAGAUCUUCUCCCGUUUUUUUUUUUCCCGAAGGCUUUGCAGACGAGUGUCUGCACAGUUCCCCCCCCUGAAGUCGGCCCACGACGCAUAGUAACCCCCCACUCCUUCCUGCUGUCCUCUCUCCAUCUGUCCACGUCUGUACGCCGCUCAUAGCGACAGUUGCUUCGCGGCGCUAACACGGAACUAAAGAAAAUGAAAAGAAAUGCGAGAUAGUCUGGGCAGCUGCGGCAGAAAAGUGACUACCACCACCGUGGCGGCCAAUCACGUUCGUGUGACGUCAUGCGAAAACACCCUAUUGGUCUAUUGGUGUCAUUAUAUAGUGACACCGAUAGACCAAUAGUGUGUUUUACUCGGAGCUAUAUAUAUGGCUCCGAGUAUUCGUCAGUUAAAGGGGGAAAGAUGAAAGUCGCUGAAAAGGUUAUCCUGCUGUAGGACUCGAACCCACAUCUUCUGGAUUACCGGUACUCUGGAUUACGGCCUCAGAACAGCAGUUCUCUCAAGGUAAAGGGAGACUCCUGACGGAUUCGGAAAAAAAAGAAAAAGGUUGGUCAGCAUCAUACCGAACACGAACCGCUCCCUUGCUACCGAAUACAACAUCGCAUGCAUUUUGCGCGAGCAAUUAAUUCGUAAAUGAUGAUAAUAACCAAACCGAAACCAACAUGCAAAGAGCGCACAGCGGUUCGGCCGGAGGAAGAGACACUGUGACGUCACCCGGCAUUGUUCGUCUGCUACGAGGCUCGUAUUCUUCCAUGCAGGAUGUCGUCGGCAGCGCAGAGCGGCAGCGGUGCUUUCGGCGCCCUCUCGCUUCGUAAUAAUUCGUUCGAAUAAAAUCUGCCCACUUUGGGAACGCGAUAUUUCGUAUGUAUGCUCCUAACACCGCAAGGGUGGGUUACUGCUGCGGGACAAGCGUUGCGGUGAUUUUGUUGCGGAGUCACACUUUAAAGUGUGGAACUCCGCUGUCUAACUCGUCACAGACGUUCUCCCGACUCUUCCCGAAGCCACUUGCCGACGGUGUGACGAUAACUAUUGUCAUCUUUUAUGAAGUUAUAAAACCCAUAAUGCGAUUCAGAGUGGAAGAUCCAAGUAACGGCAUGAGAUAUUUCGAGAUCUACAUGAACGACGGGUUAAAAUAUUACGUCUACUUCGGCAAAGAUGACAGUUCUAAACGCGAUGUCUCGACGACGUACACUCUUGGCACCGGAGUCCACGUGUUCCAAAUGACAUCAUCCGGCGACAAAGUAACGUGUACUGCCGACGGCGGCAACGCCCUCACGACGACUUACACGCUGACACCAAUCAGGAAGCACAUCAUGUUUGAUAAACUGGAUACAAGUCCCAUAUUGCUGGAAGAGCACGUCACGUACAGCGGAGCUGGCGCCACCAAGGUGUUCGAUUACGAUUCGGACUUUGAGAAACCCUCGGCAACCCUGUCGCCCGGCGGUUACGUCACCUGGGCUGGAGACGCUAAUGGCCAGGUGGUUGUGCAAUAUAACGACACCACCAUCUUCGACCGCAACAUCACUCGUGACGACGUCCGCAUCACCAUGAAGGUGUACGUGUCCCGCAUCCUGAUCGGACUGACCGGCGAAGAGUCCGCUCUAAAGGAUAACCCCAAGAAGACGUUAGACACCAACCCCAUGUACAGCCUCACCAUAUCCAAGAGUAUGAAGCUGAAAAACUUCGACCUGCACACAGGCUCAGUUAGGGCCACGUACUUCUGAGAGCACGACGAAUGCACCGCACGGACCAGAAGCCCUCCUCCAGACUCCACAUCGUCCCAUGCGCACGGUUCCUGGUCCUACAGUCCCUUUAAACCACCUGCGUGUGAGCAAAUAAACCCUCGUUGAUAGUA